AUGACAAGAAGUAUUGAAAAUUUAGUAGCUUACACUCAAGUAUUACAUGAGUUAAAAAUGAAUCUAGAGAGUACUAAGAGAGACUACAAUGAGAGAAGAACAGACUUAUCUUUAAUUGAUAAGACUAUUUAUGAGAAUUUAUUUACUUUAGCAGAAGAAACCAUUGAUAAAUAUAGUAAGAAGAAUUCUUUGUUCGGAAAUUCUAUUAAUGAGUCAACAACACAGAUGAAUAACGAUGGUUAUGAUUAUAACCAGGAUAAUUCUAAUGUUAAGAGACAUUAUUGUACUAAGCCUGGUUGUACCAAGUCCUAUACUAGUAAUCAUGGUCUUAAGUAUCAUAUUGUUCAUGGACAUAGAAAAGAGAAUGAAAAGGUUGCGAAGCCUUUUGCUUGUCCAAUUGAUAAUUGCGAAAAGACAUAUAGAAAUUCUAAUGGUUUAAAGUACCAUUUGACAAAAGUUCAUCCAGAUUACUAUAAAAAUUAA